CCCAAACUCCUUCCGAAAACCUCCCAGAAAAGCCAGACAUGAGUAAAAGCCAGGAUGAAGUUCCUCAUGAACUUGAGAACCAGUUUAUAUUACGUGUGCCUCCGGAAUAUGCUUCUACUAUCAGGAAAAUGGUGCGUUCUAGAGAUGUCGCCAUGAAGGAUAAACUAAAAAUUGACCUCUCUCCUGAUGGGCGCAGUGCAACUGUUGAAGUGGACAAGGUCUCACUGACUGCCAAGCUGGUUGAUUUGCCCUGUGUUGUUGGAAGCCUGAAAACUUUUGAUAAAAAAACCUUUUAUACAACAGCAGACAUUUCCCAGAUGCUUGUGUGCACUGCUGCUGAUGGUCAGCCACAGUCUUCUCCAGAAGAACCAGUUGCCUCUCCUGAUAUUGAUUUAAUGGAUACAAGUGAAAGAGAGAAGAAGAAGAGUUAUACCUGGAAACACGGCAUUACUCCACCACUUAAGAAUGUCAGAAAGAAAAGAUUCCGGAAAACAACAAAAAAGCUUGCUGAUUUAAAAGAACUUGAAGAAAUCAGCUUUACUGAGUACGUUGAUUCUCCAGCUGUGGAAAAGGAAGUGAAGAGACUGCUGUGUUCAGAUGCUGAAGCCAUCAGUGCCCGAUGGGAAGUCAUUGCUGAAGGUGAAGCCAAGGAAAUUGAAAGUCAAGGCUGCAUUUCAGGCUUCAAUAUGUCCCCAGGAUCAAGUGGCGAGAAGCGUGGUCGUGUCUCAUCAGAAUAUAAUAUUCUUCGGGAGAUGUUCAGUUUUGGUACUGAUAAUGAGGAGGAAGAGGAGACAUCGUCAGCAAAGAAGGAGGAGGAUGAAGACGAGGAUGAAGAGGAGGAAGAGGAUGAAGACGAAGACAUGAUAGAGGAAGAGGAGGAGACUGAUUGUGAAGAGGAUCUGGAAAGGGAGCUACAAGCCAAGUUGCUUGACUGUAACCUGUACAAGUCAAAGGAAGCUUCCAAUGCCCUAGUCCUGACAAUUCAGAAGCAGAUUCAUUUCUUGGAGAGAAAGCUCCGUAACAUUCAGUGCCAAACACAAAGACAGAAUCACCUCUUCAUGAAAGUGGAAAGCCUGCCACUCAAGAACCACUUAAGGUCUGUGCUGGAGAAGCUUAACUUAGAAGAGAAACAAAGAAAUGAGCAGCUCAUUUCCCUGCAGGAGAAACUGAAAUGUAUUCUGAAGAAGUGAGAGGCAUCGUCAGCCUGGCCCACAAACCUUAGAUUCACCAUCCAGACUGAAAACUAGAUAAAAUAGUGCACAAUUCUGUUUCUUCAGUUGCCUAAUGUUGAAUCAAUUGUAUUUGCUUCUCAGAACUUUUUUUUUUUUUUGCUAGUUACAGUAGCUUUGAAGUUCAUAGUCAUAUAGAUAGGGAAAGUAUAAAAAAGCAGUAGACUUAACGUCCCCA